AUUCAAUCGGGUUGUGCAAAAUCUCCCCCGGCCCCGCUUUUCUACAUACCACAGGGAGAAUAUGGCCCACAUAGUCUGCUCAGAUCAGCCCCUCAUAUUAAUGUGUAACUUGACCGAGUCCAAACACCAGAUGAGACCCGCCUCCGUCCACUUUAACAUUGUGCUCUUCCUGCUUCCCAUAACAAAGUGCAGCGCUGUGAGAAACCCGUCAAGCUCAAGCUGAAGAGUCUCCCCUAUGCCUGGAGCAUGAGGAGUCUGUGGGGCCCAGCACAAGCUCUCCGGCUUCUUAGAGUGACAAACACACAGAGACUGGCAUGGCAGCCACAUCACAGGCAUCAAAAGGUGAUGGAAGGAGACAAGCCGUGUGCUCUGAUCUCAGACGCGUGGAGCGAGCAUGACUACCCGAAGGAGCUGAGUGACCUGCUGAAACAAAACUUCCACACCAUCAGCUACAGAGAGUUCCUCCAAAAUCCUGUUCUUCAUGCCCCUAAAAUCCAGGCUAUUCUCAUGUGGGCUCAAAGUCCUGCAGCUGAGCCCUCACUGCUUCGAUCCCUUCCCUCCCUGAAGGUGAUCGCCAAUGGAGGCGUGGGCAUCGACCACCUGGAUCUGCCAUUCAUCGCCAGUCUUGGGGUGAAGGUCACUAACACGCCGGGUGUGGUCAGCGAUGCCACUGCAGAUAUUGGAAUGGGUUUGCUUCUGGCAUCAGCACGGAAGAUUGUCCAGGGUCACCAAGUAGCUGUGGGCCAUAAAACCAAUAAUUUACCAGCCAGCCUUAUGGGAUUUGAAGUCACAGGAUCCACUCUGGGAAUCAUAGGAAUGGGACACAUUGGCUACAAAAUAGCUCAAAGAGGCAAAGGCUUUGAGAUGAAGAUCCUUUAUCACAACAGGAACAGAAGAAGUGCUGAAGAUGAGAGGGCGGUGGGGGCGACUUACUGUGAGAACAUGGACGACCUGCUGAGGAGGUCGGACUUUGUCAUGUUGGCUGUGAACCUGACCCCUGAAACCACAGGUCUCAUCGGCCAAAGAGAGCUGUCUCUUAUGAAGCCCACAGCAACUCUGGUCAACGUUAGCAGAGGUCUGGUUGUGGACCAGGAUGCCCUGGUCAAAGCUCUGCAGUCUGGGACGAUUCAUGCAGCAGCCUUAGACGUGACUCACCCUGAACCUUUACCAAGGGAUCAUCCUCUCCUCGGCCUGCCGAAUGUGCUGAUAACCCCUCAUGUUGGCACCGAUACCUACCAAACAACAAGGAGGAUGGUGGAGGUGAUGGUCGAAAAUGCCCGGGCUGCAGUGAAUGGCCUGCCGAUCCCAAAUGAAGUGAAACCUCAAUGACAAAACUAUUGAGUACUGAGAGACUUUUGGUGGUUCAGAAAGCUGAAAUACUUUUACUGUCCAAUACUGCUACUAAUGUCCUGCCCUCUGAACAAGAUUAAUUAAGUAAAUUGAGCUAAGUUAAUUAAGCAAAAUGAAUUCAUUAAUUUGCAAUUAUUUGCAUGUCAAUAUAUGUGUUUCUAGCAAUGGUUCAUUGUCACCACUAGGAGGCUCCACUGUCUUAUCUCUGAAAAAAGUCAGUCAGUGGCUUAACAGUUUCUAGAUGUUUGGCCCUAGUGGGGAUCCGACAGUGGCAUGAUUUUGUAGCCAGUCAGCUUUGUUUUGGUGGUAUCUUAUAAUUAAUCUUUGAAGAGUUAAAGAAAAAAAAACUGCAGUCCUUUUUGUACUUGAUGUGUCACUGAAGACGUUUUUACUUGAGUAAAUGACAGAUUAGUAGCUCUGAUGUGCUUUGCUGUGGCUUAUUUGUAUCUUGUUGUAAUGCUGUUGAUAAUCAUGAUCACUAGCAGUAGUCAUAUUUCACACGUUCUCCAUACUUACCGUGUGUUACAUGUGGGAAAAUACUUGAAUUGUCUUUGUAUUCUCAGUUCAUCAGGCCAUGUGUCAAUAUCUGUUUUUCUGAGCUAAAAUUUGUGAUAAAAGCUAAAACUAACAAUUCUAUCUUUUACAAGCUCCAUAAUAUUGAGAGUAGUAGUUGUAUUGGCUAUCAGUGCUCUGAGCUGAGUCAAAGCUAUGUGACAGUGCACUUUUUGCUCAAUUAUGUGAUCAAAACAAUAUUCAGAAACAACUAGAUUUUUAAUGCUUUGCAGGCCGGUGCACAUAUUUUAUUAUGAAUAUUAUUAUUGGUAGUUACAUUAUUAUGACAUUCAUUAAGGACAGAUUAAGCAUAAAGCAACAGUUUCAAUUGUAGAGUAACUUACAUUAACUACUAAAUUAUAUCAAAUUAAGUGUAUAAUCAAAAUUUUUUCCUGAAUAUUGCUAAAAGAAUCAAACUUCAAAAUGACACAGUAGAAAAGAAAGAAGCAGCAGCAGAAAAGUCAACAGUUUAUGUAAAAAAAAAAAAAAAGACAUUAAAGCUUUACCAUGUAGAAAACGUCUUUGUCAUGAAAUGAGACUGCUAAAAGAAUUGCAUAUUGCUUUCUUUAAAGCACAGCAUCUAGCAUCUAGAGGCAGUUUACUUCAGGGUAAAUUGCGUCAUCAGCAAUGCCACAGAGAUUGCUGUUCCUGGCAAGUCGAAGGUAUCCUGCUUCUCCCCAUCCAGUUCCCCAGCUAGAAGCAGAAAAGACUCACAGUCAAGAUUUACAUGCAUGAAUUGUUGGUUCAGUCUGGUCAGAAAAUCUAUACGUUCCUGAGAUUCUGAUCAUGAUAUUGGGAUUUAGUGCACAAGAUGUUGGGAUUUGGAUUCAAUUUCCAUUUUAAAGCCAGGAGGUGCCAAGAUCAGUUUGACCCUGAUGGCAAAAAUGUCUUUAGAUCAAAAGUUUUGAGAAACAGCAUCUGUUAUUCGAGUUGAAUUUAUUGAGUGGAUGUGAAACAGAGGGCUGCUGUCAGCAGUGUGUGACAGUGUGCAAAGUUCAUGGCCACUGAAAUCACUGAGAUUUUGGACUGGACUGGGAUCUGAGUGACUUCAGACUGUAGCUUUGAAGCCUGGACUGGUAGUUUUUUUUUUUCUCCCACACAUCACAUGUUAACUAUUUUAUGGUCAGUUGACAUGGUGAUAUGAAAUCCAUGUUUUGUUUUCCCAUAAGGGCUCUGUUAUUCAGUCCACAAACAAUGAACUAACAGUGACUUUAAGACAUUUUUGAUGUAAAGAGAGUAAUCCACCUGUUUUUCACAAGCCAGAAGUCCUCUCCUUGGUCUGUACCAUAGCCCACAAUCAGUAUAGCAUGAUUUAGUAUGUAAUUAUCGCAUUCCGGGUCAUUGUAUACACCUGAAAUAAAAAUACUGUUGUUAAUUUCCUACA